AUGGGACCACCCUUGAGGGUACAGGCGGGGCCUGGCUGCACUGCUGCCCCCCAGCUUGGAAGAGAAUCAGCCAGUGCUCACCCGCCCCAGGGACCCCGACAGCCGCAAGGGGGUCCACACCCCAGAGGAUCCCGCCUGUGCGUACAGGAGGUGCUUAAUACGUAUCAGGGCCUUUCCCCAGACGUGGCCCAGAGGAACCAUGUUCCCAUCCGUGGACGGGGUCCGGGGUGGGUGGUUCAGGGAGGGCUGUUCCCUGGGCAGCGCCCCUCACGCCCACACACCCCCCGCAGCCCUGAGGGCCUGGGGCCUGAACUGAAGGACAUUCAGGGCAGAGGCGACCCUCGGACUAAGGCCUGGCCGUGUGGAGGGUCUGGGCUGUUGGGAACUCAGGGUGGGGAGUGGGCCGGCGUGGCUGCAGCAGGAAGGGUGGGGGGAGCGACCCAGCAGGGGCUCCUGCCUGCCCCGGGGAAGCUGGCCGGCCUCCCGCCGUCCCUCCACCCUGGCCUCCUCCCACUGCUGCCUCUGCUUCAUGGCGCGCCCCGGCCUCCAGGAAGGCCUCCUGGAAGACGUGCCGCAGGGCCCUGCCCUUGCGGCCCCUCCGCCUGGAGCCCCGCCAUCCACAAGCCUGGCUCCUUACGACAGGUCUCCCCUCGGAGAGGCUCCCCUGAGCCCCUGACUCUGCCCAUCGCCCAGGCCCGUUUUCAGCACUUGGAGGUCACCUUUGGAAUUUGGGUGUUUUGUCUUCUGAGAUGGAGCUCCACGUCCCCUAGUCAGGGAGCUGGGCUGUGUCCCCAGCACGCGGGACGGUGCCUGGCACGUGGUGGAGCUCAGCGCCCUUUGUCCGCAUCUCUCGGGGUCCCGGAAAGAAAGGGCUGCCCAGGUCUCUACGUGACACAUCGAGGUGUGACCAGGCUUCCUCACACCCACCAGGUCCCUCCUGGGCCACUGACCCCAGGGCUGGCUGUGCCUUCAUCGCGGAAUCACUGAGAAGGCGC